AUGCCUCCGAAGCAGGCCACCCUCGGCAAGUUCUUUGGCCGCACCGACGGAACUAAGCCUACGCCCCAGCAGUCGAAGCUGUCUUUCUCAACCAAAUUGAAGAAGCCUGCUGCGAAGGAGAAUACCAACGGAGACGCCAAUGAUCAGCCAGGGGAGGAGCAUAAUGGAGGAUCACCGGCAAGAUCAGAGUCUGAUGGCAAUGUAUUGAUGGUAGAUGCGGAGGAAGCGAUAUCAGGCGAAAAUUGGAAGAAGCGCGCAGCCAGAGAGGAAGAGUCUUCUGAAGACGAACCACCGGUCCAGCGGCGGCGCAAAAAGGCGAAGCCUCAAUCGAAGCCUCAAUCAAGCUCCACCCCGAAGACAAAAGCCAAACCAGCCAACGCGAAAUCCGCUCCAGCCAAGCAGAGAGUGAAGUCAAACGGAGUGACUCCGGCUCAGAAUGGCAAAGCAAAGCAAGAGCCCAAGGAAGAAAGCGAAGACGAUGAGGAUAUUAACGUGAAGCCCAAGAGCUUGGCGUCUAAGAAGACCUCGCCUAAGGAUGAGACAGAAGACGUAGAGGAUGUCAAGGUGAAGCCGAAGGUCUCGGCAUCCAAAAAGACUCCUGUGAAGAAUGAGCCAGAAGACGAGAGUAAAUCCGUGAACGAGUCGGAGCCCGAGGAGGAAUCGUCAGACGAAGACGAGAAGCCAGAAGUCGCCGCCAAGGCUCGACAGAAGGUUCAAUCGACGCUCACGUCUAUUGGAAAGGAUCCAUAUCCAGACUGGAAAGCUGGAGACCCCGUGCCGUAUGCUGCUCUCUGCACCACUUUCUCGAAGAUUGAGAUGACGACAAAACGACUCGAGAUCCAGGCCCAUUGCUCGCUCUUCCUACGCCAAGUUCUGCGUCUGACUCCGACAGACUUGCUGCCGACUAUUCUACUCAUGAUCAACAAAUUGGCGGCCGAUUUUGCUGGUGUUGAGUUAGGUAUCGGGGAGUCGUUGAUUAUGAAAGCCAUUGGCGAAAGCACUGGCAGGAGCCUCAGUGUCAUCAAAACCGAUCAGAAUGAGAUCGGUGAUCUUGGCCUAGUCGCAGCGAAGAGUAGGUCGAACCAAGGGACACUGUUCAAGCCGAAGGCUCUCACCGUCAGGGGUGUACACGAAGGCCUAAUGGCUAUCGCUACGAUAGAAGGACAGGGUUCGCAGAGCAACAAGGUCGCGGGUAUCAAGAAGCUACUCUCAGCUGCUGACGCUCAUCUCACUGGAAAAGGUAGCAAGGGCGUGGAUAUAACGAAGGAUAAGGGUGGUCCUAGCGAGGCAAAAUUCAUUGUCCGAACUCUAGAGGGCAAAUUGAGGUUGGGUCUGGCCGAAAAGACGGUGCUCAUUUCUCUCUCACAGGCCAUGGUCUUCCAUGAGACAGCAGCCAAGGGAGAUACAAUUCCUUCUACGGACAAAUUGGCCAAGGGCGAGAAGAUUUUGAAGUCUGUCUAUAGCGAGCUGCCGAGCUACGAAGUCAUUAUCCCAGCGAUGCUAGAACACGGCCUCGAUAAUCUCCCGGACAAUUGCAAGCUUCAACCCGGCGUUCCGUUGAAGCCUAUGCUUGCGAAACCGACGAAAUCUAUCACGGAGGUUCUUGAUCGUUUCGAUGGAAAGCAAUUUACCUGCGAGUACAAGUACGAUGGAGAGAGAGCUCAGAUACACUUCGUGGCGCACGACACUGCUCAGGAGUACGCAACUGCAACCGCCAUUUCAUCCGCUGGAAAGAGUUCAAAGGGCAUUGCGAACAUCUUCUCCCGCAACUCUGAGGAUCUUUCCAAAAAGUAUCCGGAUAUCCUGGGAAAGUUACCAACCUGGGUCAAAGACGGGACUAAGAGCUUCGUCCUUGAUUGUGAGACGGUGGCAUGGGAUAUGGUUGAAAAGAAGGUGCUGCCGUUCCAGCAGUUGAUGACUCGGAAACGCAAAGACGUCAAGACGGAGGAUAUCAAGGUCAAAGUCUGCGUCUUUGCCUUCGAUAUGCUGUUCUUAAAUGGCGAGCCUCUUGUCAACAAACCAUUCCGGGAGCGUAGAGAACUCCUUCAUGCUUCCUUCGUCGAAACCGAGGGCGAAUUCGCUUUUGCCAAAUACGGCGACAGCAACGAGCUGGAGGAGAUCCAGGUCCUCCUCGAAGACAGCGUAAAGGCAGGAUGCGAAGGUUUGAUGGUCAAAAUGUUGAAUGGAGCAGAGAGUAGCUAUGAGCCUAGCAAGCGCAGUCAAAAUUGGCUGAAGGUCAAGAAAGACUACCUCGCUGGCGUCGGCGACUCACUCGACCUCGUCGUUUUGGGAGCCUACUACGGCAAGGGCAAACGCACUUCCUGGUACGGCGCCUUCCUCCUCGCCUGCUACAACCCAUCCACCCAGCUCUACGAAUCCGUCUGCAACAUCGGCACCGGUUUCUCCGAAGCCAUCCUCGAGGAGUUGCACACCGAGCUCAGCCAGCUCGUCAUCGAUCGGCCGAAACCCUUCUACUCGCACUCUGCCGGCAACAAGGACCAGCCGGACGUCUGGUUCGAGCCACGCGAGGUGUGGGAGAUCAAGACGGCCGAUCUGACGCUCUCGCCGCGGUACAAGGCGGCUGUGGACCAGCUAGGCGGGAGCGGUGGCGGGAAGGGGAUUAGUCUGAGGUUCCCACGGUUCAUCAAGCGCAGGGACGACAAGAAGCCGGAUCAGGCUACUAGCAGUCGGAUGGUGGCGGAGAUGUAUCAGAAGCAGGAGGGUGUGGGUGGGAAGAAGGGGCCGGCUGUUGAUGAUGAUUUCGAGUAUUAGGGUGUACGAGGGCUAUGGGUAGGAGGUGAAAGGGUCGGGUGCUCGUGGGAAAGGGGCACGGUAAACAAGAAAAGUCGUGGCGUUUCAAGAGAUAUGCAUGCAUUUGUUGUUAAGGUGGGCGGGUUAGUUUUGCGAGCGUUUCUUAUGCCACUGUGGCUGACGGCGAUGGUGCAUCAGGGGGCUAGGAUGUGGUUUUAGUUAACGGGAAAUACGUACUACAUACGACUUCUUCACUCU